UAGCUGCAUCUCCUUCGACGCUAAACCGCCAUCAUCAACCAUCAACUUCGCCAUCCCAUUUUAACCAUGGCGUUCUUUUUACGGCGUCCAUUCGCCGUUCCAUCGGCGCUGCGUCAAGUCCCUAAGACUGCCAACACUGCUCGAUUCUUCCAUAACUCACCUUUCAAGCCAUCUCAAUCCAAGCCUCUCGGCCCGGCCACUUCCUCGAUCUUUGCGAAAUCUAGACAGACCUUCCAGAAUGCCUUCCGUCGUACCUACAUGCAACCUACCUACGGUGCCGCUCAGGGCGGCAAUCUCACUCAGCGACUGCUGUAUGGCGCCGCCAUCGUCGGUGGAACAAUCCUGGCAACCAACAUGAUCUUCAACCGCGAAACUAGAGAGGAUGGUGGCAUGGCUCCCUACGAGCGCAGCUACCUGAACGAGACUUUCAUGCACACUGGACUUGGUAUCGCUAUUAUUGGUAUUGCUGCUCGCGCUAUGCACAUGAACGGAUGGUCUUACCGUUUGAUGGCCAUGAACCCUUGGCUUGUCGCUGGUCUAGGCCUGGUUGGAAGCAUCGGAACCAUGUAUGGUACUUACUACACUUCUCCCGACAACUACUUGGCUAAGUACGGUCUCUGGACCGCCUUCAACGUCACCCAGGCAGCCCUCCUCUCGCCUUUGAUGUUCAUGCACCCCGCUCUGCUUGCUCGUGCUGGUCUUUACACUGUUGGAAUGAUGGGCUCUAUUGCUUUUGUCGGUGCUACUGCUAAGCAGGACAAGUACCUGUACCUUGGUGCUCCCCUGCUCGCCGGUGUGACCAUCGUUGCUCUUUCUGGUCUCGCUCCUCUUGUCCUCCCCGCUACCGCCACCCGCACUUUGAUGUGGUCUGAGAAGAUCUGGCUGUAUGGAGGUCUUGCUGUUUUCGGUGGUUUCACUCUCUACGAUGUGCAGAAGGUCCUGCACCACUCUCGUAUGGCUCAGAGGGGCCUUAUCCGGAGGGAUGUUGUCAACGAGAGCAUCAGCCUUGAGCUUGACUUCAUCAACAUCUUCAUCCGUAUGGUCCAGAUUUUGGCCAUGCAGCGCAACAACCGAAAAUAA